UCUGUUGAUUUUAUCUUCAGAUGAGCUUCAAACCAAAGAGCCAUAAAGCCCUGGGAGAUGAGGAGUGGAUGGCAAGGCUUAGGGGAUUUUCCAGCGAUGGGGUUUGGCCGUCAAAUGCAGGGAAUAGACCUGCCCCGAGGCAGAAGAAGUGGCAUGCUCUCUAUCAGAAGGAAAGGCAUACCCACUGUUUUACUCACCUGUAUGUGUAGUGAGGCAUAUGAAGGUGAGGUCUCAUACGAAUUCACUGAAGCCCAACUUGGUUGCUCGGAAACCACCGGGCCCCUCUCUGCCCUCUUUGAGGACCCCUAGCCUGGCACCUUCCUCUGUGAGGACCUCUGCCCCCCCUCCAUCCUCUGUGAGGACCCCUAGCCUGGCACCUUCCUCUGUGAGGACCUCUGGCCCCCCUCCAUCCUCUGUGAGGACUCCUAGCCUGGUACCAUCCUCUGUGAGGACCCCUAGCCUGGCUUCAUCAUCCACAACACCGACACACAUCUGCCAGACAGUUUCACCUGAGGAGCCUGCAGCGUGUGUGCAACAGUCAGAUGCAGCUGGUGAUGCAGGACCUGGCUGGUUGCCGAGGGAGAUGAGGAAGACCAUUCCUGUACAGGACCAGAGAUGGAUGGGAAAUACCCUCUUUCAUGCCGGCAAAGUGCGCCCAGAUUUCAAGUUGUGGUAUGAGCCUCCUGUACCAGCCCUCAUCUACCACCAGGUUCCAACACCCGAUCGUUUUUUUACCCACCGGCUUCUGGUGUGGAUGCCCUAUCAUCAGUGGAAAGUUAGGGUCUUCUGCCAAGCUUGUGGGAAGCAUCUUACGGGGGCUGGUGUUCCACCACAUGCUCCUGCUCUGGCUCCCACCAAAGCACCCCGAAAACUGACCCGCAAGGUUUUGCACAAUACAUGCAAAAAAUGUGGGCAGUUUAGAAUUGCUGAGACAGGACACAGCCAGUAUAGAGGACAUAUUUACUGUCCCUCCAAUGAAAGCAUGACAAAGGAGCUUUGGUUAUAA